AUGCCGGUGCCAGCGAUCUUACUGCCAGACAACAUCAAUGCCGCAAUGCGCCUCUUGCUUGCCGGGGCCGCGAUGGCAGUCCUACUCAAGGUCCUCAAGACCCUCGUGAGCCGCCACUCGGAUGUCGUUCGCCGACUGCCAGGUCCGGACGCAGAAAACUGGAUCACCGGCCAGCUGGGAGGCAUGUUUGCGAGCUCCGCGGACCUGCCGCACGAGUGGGUCGCCAAGUUUGGCCCCACGUUCCGCGUACCGUCCAUGUUCGGGCAACAAGCGAUAUUUUCGAUAGACCCGAAGCUGCUCGGCCACGCGCUGAACCACUCAAUGAGCUACUACAAGCCGCCGGAGAGCCGCCGGAAUCUGGCGAGACUGUUGGGGCAGGGCGUCUUGGUCGCGGAAGGCGAGAAGCACAGACAGCAGCGGAGAGUAAUGAACCCGGCGUUUGGUCCGGCACAAAUCCGCGAACUGACCCAGAUAUUUGUCGAGAAAUCCAUGAACUUGGUUGAAUACUGGGGCAGCAUGGUUGAGUCGGCAAGCGGUGUUGGCCGCGUCAAUGCUGUGGAAGGCCUGGGCCGGAUGACUCUAGACGUCAUCGGCAUUGCAGGGUUCGACUACAAUUUCGACGCCCUCAAUCCGGACUCUCAAAACCCUCUUGGCAAGGCUUUCGCCCACAUAGUGAAGACUCCUCCCGUGUUUACGCCGUUGAGUGUGUUGUGCGCUCUCCUGUUUUCGAAGGUCUUCCCCGACAAGCGCACGCAGGCUGCGGAUAAAGCACAGGGAGUCAUGGUUGAGAUCGCCAAAAAGCUUCUUCUCGAGAAGAAAGCGGAGCUCAGGAGUCGCGGUGCCGUCGAGAAGAGAGACGUCCAAGGACGUGAUUUACUCACCCUCCUGCUCAAAUCCAACCUCGCGGCCGAUGUCCCCGACGACCAGAAACUAACCGACGACGAGGUUUUGGCCCAGAUCCCCACCUUCCUCAUCGCCGGCCACGAGACUACGAACACGUCGACCUCCUGGUGUCUUAGCUCCCUCAGCACUCACCCCGAGAUCCAGUCCCGGCUCCGCGAAGAGCUCUUCUCUCUCGACACCGAAUCCCCGACAAUGGAAGACCUCAACGCGCUGCCCCUGCUCGACCGCGUCGUCCGCGAGACGCUCCGCCUCCACGCCGUCGUCACCUUCUCGAGCCGGAUCGCGGUGCACGACGACGUCCUGCCGCUCUCCACGCCCAUCGUCGACGCCGACGGCAAAACGCUGCAGGAGAUCCCCGUCAAGGCCGGCCAGCGCAUUUUCAUCCCCAUCCUCACCCUUCACACGCUCAAGGACCUCUGGGGGCCCGACGCGCUCGAGUUCAGCCCCGACCGGUGGCUGAACCCGCCGCCGGAGGCGAUGGCACACAUGCCUGGGGUGUACGGCAACCUGAUGACCUUCCUCGGCGGCCCGCACGCGUGCAUCGGGUACCGCUUCGCGCUCACCGAGAUGAAGGCGCUCAUCUUCGCGCUCGUCCGCGCGUUCGAGUUCAGCCUGCCCGUGCCCGCGGACGACAUCGCGAUGGUCGGAAUCUUCAUCCAGCGCCCCGCGCUCCGGAGCGAGAUGGAAAAAGGCGUGCAGAUGCCGCUGCUCAUUCGGCCCAUCAGGCGUGCGCAGUGA